CAACCACAGUAAUCGGAAGUUUUUCCUCACCCUUCUCAUUAUUUUUCCUUCAUUGAUACAUGAUUACUUAACACCCUUAACUUCAGUGCAUCGCCCCACUCCUUUAUCUGUAACGAUUGUCUUCACACUGUGCAGGUAUGGACCAAAAGAAAACUUCUCCUUGCUUCGUUCAGGUACAUGCAUUUGCAUAAUAAUUCGUGUUUUUUCGUGUUUAUGUGUGUCUUUGCAGCUUUGAGAUUUACAUUGACAACAAGUUGCAACCAUGGCUGGAAAAGUUACACUUUAUUACUUCAAUACAAGAGGGAGAAUGGAGUCAAUCCGCUGGCUGCUGACAGUUGCAGAGGUUGAUGUAAGUUUAAGAUUUUUUUUAUUUCACAAAGAUUUAGACCUCUAGACUGUUUCUUAAACCUGCUCUGUAAUCCCAAUUUCACAGUUUGAUGAGGUGUAUCUGACAAAACGUGAACAAUAUCUGGAGCUUGUAAAAGGUAAGAGGAUUAAAAACUUUUUAGGAGCUAAAAUCAUAUCAGCAAUUUUUUUGGCCUGUGUCCAAUUCACAUGAUGUUCCCUGUUUGGUCACUCCUCUUGGAUUUUUCACAAUUUCAACACCAAAAACUGGAACUUACAUCAUCAGAAAUGUUUUGACCCAUGCACACAGUUACAGUUGACAUAUUAAUCAGUGUCCUACCUGGGAGUGUCCACCUGAAUGAUCUGCUGUUAUUGCUCCUCCAGAUGGGUCACUCAUGUUUCAACAAGUUCCCAUGGUGGAGAUCGAUGGCAUGAAGCUUAUUCAGACAAAGGCCAUCCUGAAUUACAUUGCUGAAAAGUACAAUCUCCAUGGAAAAGACAUUAAGGACCGUGUCAUGUAUGAAGUAUUUUUAAAUAAACGACAGAGCCGUCAUUGUAUUGUCUGAUUUUAUGGGGUGAAUGUGUUACAGUUUAUUGUUCUGGCUCCCCUCAGGAUCAACAUGUACUCAGAGGGACUGAUGGAUCUGAUGGAGAUGAUCAUUACAUUAUUGUUUGCCCAAGACACCAAAGCUAAACUGAAAGACAUUGAAACUAAAGCAAAAGAGCGCUACCUUCCUGUGUUCGAAAAGGUACAAGCGAUGAAUAAUCAAAGUUUAAAAAAAUAUAUAUAUAUAUAUAUAUAUAUAUAUAUAUAUAUAUAUAUAUAUAUAUAUAUAUAUACAUAUAUAUAUAAAUAUGUAUAUAUAUAUAUAUAUAUAUAUAUAUAUAAAUAUGUAUAUAUAUACAUAUAUACAUAUAAAUAUGUAUAUAUAUAUAUAUAUAUAUAUAUGUGUGUGUGUGUGUGUGUGUGUGUGUGUGUGUAUAUGAUUGAUAAAGAUAGCUAAAUAAGACUUCUUUCUUUGUGCUUCUCAGGCAUUGACUCAGACUGUACACCUGGUGGGAGGUAAGCUUAGCAUGGCAGAUGUCCUGCUGACUGAAUGCACCCUGAUGUUGGAGGAGCAAUUUCCAGGGAUUCUCGCUGAUUUCCGCAACAUCAAGGUAAAUGUCUUCAUAUGAAGCUCUAGUGUAGUGAUCACAGCUGUGUACAAUUCUACAUAAUCCGCUUCUACACUUCUCUCCAGUCUUUCCAGGGCCGGAUGAUGCUGAUCCCCGCCAUCGACAGGUUCCUGAAACCAGGCAGUAAGAGGAAGCAGCAGCCAGAUGAAAGUUUAUUGAAGGUCGUUGUGGAGGUGUUGGAUUACAAACUGCCGUUGCACUAAAAGAUCUGGAAGAUUCCUCUAACAGGAGCUGCAAUGAAAACACUGAGAACAACGUAUUCUACAUAUGAAUCAGUGUUAUGUUCCCUUAAUGUUGAGAUAAAUACUGCACUUUUCAUCACAACCUAACUAGAAGGAAAGCAAUCAUUAUAAAUCCAGAUCACUGUGAAAAUCUGACUGAAUAAAAAGUCUUUUUUAGAAGGAAACUUG